AUGAAUAUAUGGCAACCAUUGACGCUCUCCCACACAACACACCCGUACACACCUGUACUCGUCGUUGUAGACGCGAGCCAUGCGUUUUGUGCGCCAAUUGUCAACAAACUGUUGGCCGCAUUUGUAUCCAAGGACUCAGCGAUUUUUAAGACUCGUCAAAACUCUUCGUCUACUGAUAAUGACUUAGCGUUUACUUCGCAAGACUUGAAUGAUUUGGCGAUAAGAAUAGGCGCCGAUUUGGGUCUUCCGGACAUCAAUGACAUCCAUGUGGGGGAAGAGUCCGUCAAUCACGAUAUGCUCGCGAAUGUGGACCAAAGUCAGGGC